AAUUUCAUAAUUAAGUAAAGAAGAGGACACAACUUAUUGUAAUUUAAUACAAAUGAAUUACUAUAUUAUCAUUAACGACUAUCUUAUUAAAAUGGUAUAAAGAACAAAACUUGUCAUUAUAUAUGGUGACCUGUCGCUGUUAAACUCUCAUGUUAGUACUUUGUUCGACUGAUUUGAACAGGAAAAUAAUAAUUGUUCUCGUGACGAUGCACCAAAUCAAAACAAGAUAUACAGGAAAUGUCAACUUUUAGUAUACCAUAUGGUAACAUCAAGCUACUAUUGAUGGUAGAUAUGAUAUUUAUCUGUAUCAGUUAAAAUGAAUUCAGAACUACAGCCAAUUAUCAUGAAUUCUCAUUUAGAUUCAAAUUAUGCAACUGGCACACCUACUAACUUAUCAUCAACCAAUCAAGCUGAAAUCAGUCUCGAAUCAAAUAAUAACUCUAAUUCAUACAUAGGAUUACUAAGGAAUUCGUCAUUUAUUAAUAAAAGUUUAAGUCUUGUUGAAAAAUUUAAAAUGGGAUCAAUGUUGUCUGAACUGAAUACAACAAAUAAAUCUUCGGUAAGCGAAGAACAUGGACGAAAAUUUCAACAACCAUCACAAGAGCUAGAACAAAUCACUAGACACUCAAUACUUUCACAGAGUGUUGAUUUACAGACAGGAAUACAUGAUAUAUCGUUUGUGGAUAAUCCAACUUCAAAACAAGCUGAUUCUUCAUUAAAACAUGAAAAUAAUAUGAAGAAUAAGAAAUUAUUUCUUUCAAAUGAAUCAAUCAAGGAUAUGGAGAUAACACGAUCAACGGUUAAAAAACGUUCACCAUCAAAAACAAUUGAAAAACUACAAUCAGGUGAUAAAAUAAACUCGAUGUCUCAUUCAAAAACUGUGCAUGGUUAUAGAGAUAUAGCAUACAUUAGCCUUGAAGCUGCACCAAAAUCAAAUAUUUUGUCGACGUCUAUCGAUGAUUCAUCACCGAUAACUAUAAAACCAUCUACCAGGAAUAGGUCAGGGGUUACUAACUUAAGUCAUUGUCAUUAUGAUAACUAUCCAAUACUUAGUGAUAAUGACCACCAGUUUGGACGCGUUCAUAAUGAUCUUAUGGAAAGCAGCAAACAACAUCAAUACAGUACUUCAAAUGAUCGUAUUGAUUUCAAAAUACCUACCGUAAGAAAUGUUGUUUUAGCUACUCCUUCUAAUGAAACAUAUCAUAAUCAGCAGAACACUCCAUAUUCUAAGUGUUGGAAUAAUGCUGUUGAAUUUAAUAACUUAUCAAGGUCUUGUAAUUCUGUAUAUUAUCACUCACCAAGACAAGGAAACUCCUGUAAGACGGCAGACACAGAAAGAAGUAAUAGAUUACUUGAUGAGUUACACAGACUAUAUAUUCAGCUGAAAGAGGCAGAGAAUGAAAUUUCUGAACGAGACUCUUAUAUACGUUAUUUGCAGAGUAUUAUAUUUAGACGUGAUCAGCUGAUUCAACAGCUUAUAAAACAAGUUCCUGAAUCAUAUAUUCCGGAAGAAUACUAUGAAUCGAUCAAUGAGUUGGAAGGACAUAGAAAAUCUGUUCUUACUGAUUUUCAAAAAUCAAAACAAAUACAAAUGUAUCAUAAAGGUGUAAAACCUUAUGAUAAAUCAAAUGUACCUAAUAUUAAUGUGUCAAAAAGGUGGAAUUCGGAACAGUUAGCCCGUUAUAAAAAUAACAGAAAUUCAUAUCUUAAAGCUAAUGUUUCUGGACUUGUUGAACAGCAUGAAACUUAUUCGAGAGAUAUUAAUAAAACAAAUGACGUGAAAAUAAUAACACCUACUCCGGUUAACACUACUAACAACAGUCCAAUUAUAAGUAGUAAUUCUCACAAUAAAUGUGAUCUACCAUUUAGUAAAUUGCAGUAUUCUAAAUCAGGUACACUUAUUAAUUUGAAUAAUACCAAUGAAUAUAAUGUUGGAAACGUUACUAACAGUAAUGUAACAGAUGGAAUGAAAACAAAUGAUAACAAGACAUCAGGGAUUGGAAUGAAUUUACAAAUUAUAUCUAAAUCACGUGUUAAACGUAAUGCUAUAUCUGGAGAAUCAGAGAAAUAUCUUCCACCUCCAGCAAGUCACUUAUCGAAUUGGCCUAAAAUUGAGAAGCCAGCACAUACAAAGGCGUUAAUUACUCAAGCUAUUCUGAACAAUGACUUCAUGAAACAUUUAGAUAAAAGGCAAAUAUCUAAAAUUGUGGAUUCAAUGUGUCCUUUGGGCUGUGCUAGAUUGUCAUGGAUUAUACAAGAAGGUGAAGUUGGUUCGGUUGUUUAUGUUUUAGAAGAUGGUUACGUUGAAGUACAAAAAUCUGGUGAACGUCUACGUGAGAUGGGUCCAGGUACAGUUUUUGGUGAAUUGGCUAUUCUGUACAACUGUACAAGAACAGCUAGUGUGAGAGCGAUAACCGAUUGUAAAUUAUGGGCAAUAGAUCGUCCAUGUUUUCAAUCAAUUAUGAUGUUUACAGGAAUACAAAAACAAACAGAAUAUGUGAAAUUCCUAAAAAGUGUUCCAACAUUUAAAGAUCUAAAUUUAGAAGUUCUUGGAAAAGUUGCUGUUGUACUUGGAUCAGAACAUUAUGAACCUGAUGAAUAUGUCAUUAGAGAAGGUGAACGUGGAAACACAUUUUACAUUAUAACAGGCGGAAAAGUAAAAGUGACAAAAAACCGUGGCAAUGAAUGCAAUGAACAAUUUAUUCGUUAUAUGACACGUGGUGAUUGGUUCGGAGAAAAAGCUUUAACUGAUGAAGAUGUUCGUACCGCAAAUAUAAUUGCGAUGCCACCACGUGGUGUAGAUUGUUUAAUGUUGGAUAGAGAUUCAUAUAAUGUACUCAUUAAAGAUUUAGUCAGCUUUGAACGAAGUUAUCCAGAUGAAAAACCUACUAUUAGUCAAAGAGAAAAACAAUUUUCUGAGAUCAAACUUAGCGACUUCACUGUUGUUUCAACAAUCGGGAUUGGUGGCUUCGGUCGUGUACAAUUGGUUUAUUUAAAUAAAGAUAAACGACAAUGUUUUGCUUUGAAAAAAUUAAAGAAACAUUAUAUUGUAGAAACAAAACAACAAGAACAUGUUAUAAAUGAGAAGAAUAUUUUAAUGGAAACAAAUCAUGAAUUCAUUGUAAAAUUAUACCGAACAUAUAAAGAUCAACGUUAUUUAUACAUUUUAUUAGAAGUUUGUCUAGGUGGUGAACUGUGGACAUUGUUACGCAAUUCUGCAGCUUUUGAUGAUUCAACAGCAAGAUUUUAUUCAGCAUGUGUAGUUGAAGCAUUAAAUUAUUUACAUAGAAGAGGAAUUGUUUAUCGUGAUUUAAAACCGGAAAAUUUACUGUUAGACAGUCAAGGUUUCUGCAAAAUGACGGAUUUCGGUUUUGCAAAACGAAUCGGAUACGGUAAUAAAACAUGGACAUUUUGUGGAACUCCAGAAUAUGUAGCACCUGAAGUGAUUUUGAAUAAAGGGCAUGAUUUCACCGUUGAUUUUUGGGCACUUGGUAUUUUAAUGUUUGAAUUACUAACUGGAACACCUCCAUUCACUUCAUCUGAUCCAAUGAAAAUAUACAAUAUUAUACUGAAAGGAAUUAAUACAAUUGAAUUUCCAAAAUCUAUUACAAGAAAUGCGCAGUGCCUUAUUAAAAAGUUAUGCAGAGAUGCUCCAGCCCAACGACUCGGUGCUCGAAAAUCAGGAAUAAUAGAAGUGAAAAAUCAUGCAUGGUUUGAAGGAUUCGACUGGAAUGGGCUUAUAGCUAGAACUAUUCAGGUUCCUAUUACACCAAAAAUUUCCUCACCGACAGAUUUAUCAAACUUUGACAGUUAUUCAGAAGAAGAAGAAUUGCCUCCAGAAGAUACAACCGGUUGGGAUAAAGAUUUUUAAAAGGCAUAAUAAUAAUAAUAAUAAUUUUAUAUUAAACCCAAAUUUUCCGCAACGACUGAACAACAUGACCCAAAAAAUAUUCUGUAUAAUAAACAAUGACGUUAUUUUCUCAAUCUUUUCACUCAGUCACUUUUCAGCUUUAUUGUUUCUGUUAAACUAGUAUUGUAAUAACUUCUCUGAUGGAAAUUCUUUCUUAUUGUUUUUGCUUUUAUUACCACAAUACUAUUUUUAGAGAAAAAAAAGAAGAAAAAUCAUCCAUUUCCCUUAUUUUUGACUUUUAUUUCAUAUCUAGUCAGUGACAGAGAAGAAUUAAACUACAUAUAUUAAUAUUAAUAAAUGCAUGAGCCUUUUCGUC